CGUGCUGCUGCAGUCUGCACAUCAGACUGAGUAGAUUCACAGAGGGAGAGAGCGCGGAAGAGCGGAGAGAAUGGGAAAGACGAGCUUUACGCUGGAGGAGUACGAAAGUUUCCUCGAGAAUCCGUUCAUGGCGAAUUUCAGUAUCGACCAGCUCAAUCAGGUGAUCUUUAUGCACGGAUUCAGCAGGAUUUGGAGACGACCAAAGAUCGAACUGUUGAACGUGCUGAGCACGAUUGAGUUGGUGAGGCCGUACCGCUCGACAUUGGAAGAGGAGGAUUACGUCAACGGCGGCGGCGAGUUAUUCGGUCGGGCAGGCGAUUUCUCUCCGUCGAACGACCAAGUCAAGCGAGAUCUCGAGGCUCUCAACUGGCAGGAAUGCCAGGUUCUCGGAGUCGAGACGGUUGGCCUCGCUCCGGCCGCCGCGAAGAACAGCAGCGGAGCUACGAGUUCCAGAAAGUUCCGCGGGGGCGGCGCUGUCUCGGUCCCACCGAAGGACCUCCUAGUGUCGCCGAUCAAGCGCAGGCGGAGGAGUCGGAAAAGGAAGUGGCGGAACUUGGACUCCAUCGAUGGCGGAUCUUCCGUCGCCGGCGAGGAUAACUACUUCCAUGGUGGACAUGAGGAAAGAGAAGGUACUGAUAUUCCUUCUGCUGCUGCAGUCGGAGGAGCAGAAGCAGCUGUGGGCAGUGCUUCUCUCUACGUGGACACGUAUCACUGGGAGCUGUGAUCAGGUGUUACACUACUUUUGACGUGGAUUUCCAUUCACCGUUGAUUCACUGAUCAACGAAUUUGGGCCACCAGAUGCUAUCAUGUUAUAGCUAUACUCGAUUCUUGUUGAUUUCAGUUUUCCGAUCUUUACCUUUGUUUCUCUGACAAAUGAUAUAGUAGCUGUAGUUUCGCGCACACCAGAUUCUUUCCUCUUUAACCUUUUGUUAACCGACCCAGGCCGCCAGCAGGUGAAAAAUUGUGCAGAGCGAAGAUGUUACCAUUGAACUUUAGAGAUCGUUUAGAAGGGGUUAAUUGUUAAUGUGGUAUUUGUAGAGUCAAAGAACUUAUUUUUUGUUCAUGUGGUAUUUCAGUGUUAUUUUAAUAGUAAUUGAAAUAAAGUAUCUCGUUUGGUUGAACCAUGCAAAUGUGGUAUUUGACAUGUGAUAUUUGGUAAAAGCAGAGUGAUAAAACGAGUUAUUUUGAAAUAACACAUGGGUAUAAGUUUUUUCAAAUAACUCGUUUUGAGUUAUUUGUAAAUAAUUCACUGUCCAAAUAACUCAUUUCAGCAAAACGCUGGCAAACAAAUUAUUUACAUCCAAAUAACUCAUACAAAUACUCCAUCCAAACGAGUUAUUUAAAGUAAAAUUGUAAAAAAUUACCGUCUUCCUUUCUUGUGUUUCCUUUUUUGCCACACUUUUUUCCAUGUCAUGAAAAGUUCCGCACAAUCAUAAAUGGAGCUCAAAUAUGCAGGCAUUGAAGAGGAUUGGAGAGAAACAACCUAGUUGUAGUGAUGGCAAUGGGGCGGGGCGAGUACCUCAAUUCCCAUGUCCCGCCCCACGUUACUACGGGUCAGGGCAGGUAAAAUCCGCGUGGGUACGGGGCAGGGCGGGUAGACCCACUCUUACAUUUUGUUCAAAAAUACAAGUAAAUUUUACUUUUUACAAUAAAACGUAGGGAAAAACACUUUAAGAAUGAAAAAUAUUGAUAAUAGAAUAGAUAAUUGAGCCUAACAAGUUGAAAGACGACUCUAACUAGUUGAAGAAAAGUCAAAAUAGAAGAAAUAUGUAUAAAUAUUGUAAGAAAUUGAGAUAAAAUGAGUCUAGAAAGGGGCGGGGCAGUGCAGGUCAGAAGUAAAUACCAUGCCCCGUCCCACGCUACUGCGGGUCAGGUCGGGUAAUACCCGCCGAGCGAGUUGAAAUUGCCAUCAUAUCACUACCUAGUUGGCUUAAUAAGUUUGUUAAACCGGUCCCCUUUAAAAAAAAAAAAAUGGUAAACCGGUCCCGGUCUACACCAUCGUGCAGGUGAAGUACUAUGGUCCGGCCGAUGUUCUGUAAUAGACUAAUAAUACGCGUAAGAAUUG